GCUGAAUAGGUUCGCAUUUGAGGGUUUAGAAGGUGUUCCAGGUCAAUCUUCCUUGUCUAGGAAUUUGGCAAGAGUGGCUUGGUCAGCAUGGAGUGAUGGGCACGCCAUCGGUGCUGUCUGUCGCGGGUCCAAUGCGUCCCUAUGCAUCCACACCUGCCAAGUUGCCUUGUGAUAGUCCACAAAUCCCCUUUACAGCCCAGAGCUGCCCACGUUGCUGGCCUCGACGUGCUUUUGGACAGAGGCAAAAUUUCAGCAGGAGCAAGAGGCAACAGCAUGCUAGAGCCGUGAGAUGUUGCAACACAAAUGCAUUUCAGGGAGGCAGCUUCGGCUCAGCAUCCCAUGAGCACAAUGUUCGGCUCACCACCAAGCUAAGAUCUGCCUCAGUCAGGACAGCUAGCACAACAUCCAUGCCUGUGCCUGGAGGCAGGGACUUCUUUGCGUGGUUGGUGGACCUCCCAUGGAACCGUGUGGGCGUCUGGGUGGUUGUGGCCUGGUUCAUGUACCAAUUGAAGGACUUCUUUGGGAUCGCUAUGGGCACGUUUGUGCUGUCCUUCAUCGGGAAUGGCUUUGUGCGGAGCGCGCAGCGGACGAUGCCCUUUCCAGCGACCAUCCCUGUCGGGAUGCGCCGCAAGUUCCUGGUCCUCCUCUACUUCACAGCAAUCGUGUCGUGCGUGACGCUGUUUGGCGUGAUGACCAUCCCUGACAUCAUCCGCGAGGCCGCCGACUUUGUCAGCCGGCUGCAGAGCGACUCCAUCUGGGUCGUCGUGCUGGAGAAACUGCGCCAGGGCCUUGGGGAUGGCAUGAUGGAACAGUUGGAGCGAUUCCUGCUCGUCGCCAGCGGGGAUGAGCUCACAGGCGCGCCCCACUUACGGGCAAUCGGCACCAACGGCGCGCAGUGGCAUUCGUGGACGGCGGAGAGGACGGCCUACCUGGGCCUGGUGCUGCAGAAGAUGCUGCGCGGCUACACCGAAGCUGCCGUCUCCUUCACCUCAUCCCUUGUUGGUGUGAGCCUGGUGCUGAGUUUCAUGGUGGUGUGGGAUCUGCCCACGAUAUCGCGCGGAGUGUCGUCCCUGCAGACCAGCCGCCUGGCGCCCAUAUACAACGAGGUGGCCCCCUCCGUCGCCGUCUUCGGCCAACUCUUCGGCAAGGCCCUGCAAGCCCAGGCGCGCAUAGCGCUGGUGAACACGGCGCUGACGGCGGCAGGCAUGUGGACCCUGGCGAUUCCUGGCCUGGGCCUGCUGUCGCUGUUUGUUUUCAUCUGCUCCUUCAUCCCCAUCGCCGGCUGCUUCAUCUCCACCGUGCCCAUUGCAUUCGUCGCUCUCACUGAGUACGGCUUCCUCAAGCUGGCGUUGGUGAUCCUCAUGGUCACGGGCAUCCACUUCAUAGAGGCGUACGGCCUCAACCCGGCCAUCUACUCAGCGCACCUGAAGCUGCACCCGCUGCUGGUGCUGACCGUGCUGGUGGUGGCCGAGCACUCCCUCGGCGUUUGGGGCCUCCUCCUGGCAGUGCCCCUGACGGUCUUCACACUGGACUACUGCAUCCGCUAUCCGGCCUGCAGUGUGACUGACGUGGCAGCGCGUGAGCUGGCGACUGUUUCGGUGGCCGACUACGAUGAUGACGUGGUCUAUGACAGCCGCUUUGACCGCUUCAUCGAUGAGAGCUCUGAAGCCUCGGUCGUGCGCCAAUAG